CUGGCAUUAUUAUCUUUCUUUAUUUUCAAGGGUGACACAUAUACAUAAGGAAAGAAAAAAUGAAAUGUAGAAAUAAUCAUAUAUAGAUUUUAUCACGCGUUUCAGGAUUUGCGUUUGAAUGUUCCUUUUCUUUAAGAUGAGCUAUAACAUGGGGUUCAAUUAAUAUUGAGAAUGAUCAAAGAAAAUGGGUUUUCUUGGAAGUUUGUUAGGUAUUUUUGGCUUUGGAAUUGGAAUUUCAGUAGGUCUGGUUAUUGGUUAUUUCUUGUUCAUAUACUUUGAGCCCAGAGAUGUUAAGGAUUUACCAGAGAGUACACCAUUUGAUGAAAUUGAGCCAAGCUUAUUGGUUGAUCUUCUACCUGAACUCCCAUUAUGGGUGAUGAAUCCGGACUACGAGCGGGAGGUCAAGGGUUCAAGCUAUGAAAACAGCCUCUUGUAUAAAUACCUGGUUGACUGGUUUAAUGAAUUUAUAGCCAAUAUGUGGCCUUAUCUUGACAAGGCAAUUUGUGGAAUUAUUAAAAGCACAACAAAACGUAUUUUUGCAGAGUAUAUUGGCCAGUAUCAAAUAAAAUCUAUUGAGUUUGAACAAUUUACUCUUGGAACAAUUCCUCCUAGAUUUCAUGGUAUUAAAGUAUAUCAUUCCAAUGAAAAGGAGCUAGUAUUUGAGUUGGCAGUCAGAUGGGCUGGAAAUCCAAAUAUCGUUGUGGCAUUGAAGUUAUUAUCUCUACAAAUCUCAGUACAGUUGAUAGAUUUUCAAAUGGCUGCUACAGCAAGGGCAACACUGAAGCCUUUUGUCCCAACAUUCCCAUGCUUUUCAAGCAUAAUAGUAUCGCUGACGAAGAAGCCAGAGGUAGACUUUGGGCUAAAAGUACUUGGAGGAGAUUUAAUGGCAAUCCCUGGUUUACACCAUUUUGUUCAGGAAACUAUAUGCAAGCAAGUCGCCAGGCUUUACCUCUGGCCACAAACACUUGAUAUACCAAUUCUUGACAGUUCGAUAGGAGCUGUGAAGAAGCCUGUUGGAAUACUGCAUGUGAAGGUUCUGAGAGCACAGAAACUUCUGAACACGGAUUUUUUGAGUAAAUCAGAUCCUUAUGUUAAACUCAGCUUAGGAGGGGACAGGCUUCCGGCCAAGAAGACUACUGUAAAGAUGAACACGCUAAAUCCAGUGUGGAAUGAGGAUUUCAAAUUGACCGUAAAAGAUCCCGAGUCUCAAGUUCUGCAGCUGCAUCUAUAUGACUGGGAAAAGAUUGGGGCACAUGACAAGUUGGGAAUGCAAGUAGUGCCACUGAAAUUGCUCAAUCCAUAUGAGAAGAAAGAACUAACGCUCGAUUUGGUCCACAGCACAAACCCAAAUGACCCUCAGAACAAGAAGGCACGAGGCCAGAUUAUGUUGGAAAUGUCCUUCAUUCCUUUCCAAGAAGAUAGUAAAAAGUUUAGUGGACCUCUUAAUAUUCACGAACGGAAGGAGAGUAUUUCAAGCCUUUCAGAUGAUAACUAUUCCUUGCGGGGAGCAGGUUUGCUGUUGGUUACAGUUAUUGGUGCUGAAGAUGUAGAAGGGAAACACCAUACAAAUCCUUAUGCAGUGGUAGUUCUUAGAGGAGAAAAAAAGAAAACAAAGGCAAGGAACAAAACCUGGAAUCCAAAAUGGGAAGAAGAAUUCCAGUUUGUAUUAGAAGAAGCUCCAUUGAAGGACCUAAUCCAUAUUGAAGUCAAGAGCAAGAAGAGAAGAUUUGGUUUUCGGUCUAAGGAGUUACUUGGCUAUGUAGAUAUCCAACUGAUGGAUGUGAUAUACAACGGACGUAUCAAUGAGAAAUACCAUCUCAUCAAUUCUAAAGAUGGAAUUCUACAUGUUGACAUCAGAUGGAAGGUGAUCUAGAAUUUUGAUAUUAAGUUCUUCGAUCCUAUCUUUGAACAAUCUGCAAUUGUUCUCCUAGCAUUUGUUGUAUUGCUUGCCUUUAAUUAUAGUAUGAAGGCUUAUGCAUCAAAAUCAUAGAACAAUGUCCAUUCCUUUUUUAAAGCCGUGAAAGAAAUGCAUACAAACAUCUGCGCGCGCGGAUACAUACACACAUACACAUGUUCAUUAGUGCCUUUUGUCUUCUUCUAUCAGGUGUAAGUAUACUUAUUUGUAUAUAUUAUAUCAAUCAAUCACUACACCUCAAGUUUCAAUUAGUUGAGGUCAACUA